AUGGCUUUUGGAACCGUCGUCACUUCACCUUCUAAGGAAAAGACCAUGUCUUCUUCUGAAACUACUGAGCAGCGAUUGACUGUGCGUUUCGUUAGAACUACUGAGAAUGCUCACGCACCUACUUACGGAUCUGCCUGUGCUGCUGGAGCUGACUUGUACAGUGCCGAGGACUGUAUGGUCCCUGCUAAAGGAAAAUUCUGUGUUUCCACCGAUAUUCAAGUAGAAUUACCUUUCGGAUAUUAUGGAAGAGUUGCUCCUCGAUCUGGAUUAGCUGCCAAGAACUUUAUUGAUGUUGGCGCAGGUGUUGUUGAUAGCGACUACCGCGGAAUCUUGAAAGUACUUCUCUUCAACUUCAGUGAAACUGAUUUUGCUAUCAAGAAAGGUGAUAGAAUUGCACAGUUCAUCUGUGAAAAAAUCGCUCAUUGUAAUUACGUUGAAUGCGACACUCUCGAUAACACUACGAGAGGAGCUGGAGGAUUUGGAUCAACUGGCGUCUAA